AUGAAGAUUCUUCUUAAGCCAUUACGUGCUCUCAUAGUUAAUUCAAAGAACUCAUUAAAUCUCUUCAGGCUGAGUCUAAUUUUUCGAGAAAGGAGAUUAGACUUGAAAGGUACAUUGCCUUGUUCUGUUUUUCAUGUUGGGGCGAAUGAUGUUGAUUAUAAAAGAUGUAAUCUUCUUAUACACCAAACAAAAAGAACAUGUACGACCAACAUGAUAGUCACUAACAAUGAAGGUCAACAUUUCCCUAACUGCAAUUCGAAGACCAUAGAUCACAUUGAUCAGCUUCUCUUUGACCGCAAUGUCCCGUGUAGUGGUGAUGGUACUCUACGCAAGGCUCCUGGCAUAUGGAGAAGAUGGUUAUUAAAUUUUGGAGCUUCCAAAUUGACAUUUGUUGAUUCCAAUUGCUUCAACAAACACAGAGAUUCCUCAUACUCUGCAUAUCUCUGA